UCCGGUUAAUGGCGGCGCUGUAGUGGUCUGCACAUGAACUGAAGGGCAGUGGUGUGACAGCUGCGUGACAUCUUGUUUGUAAAUAAGUGCUCAGCGCUGUCGGCGACUGGUAUCUCUCUCUUCUUACUAGGCUACUGAGCAAAAAAAAAAUUAUGUUCUAAGUCGCUGGUAAAAGUAUAGGCUGAGCUUUAUUAUAUUUUCAGAGGGUUUUCAACCACAGAUAACAGUUCGUCAUGGUCCAUUUAACAUCUCAGCUUUUGAAACGAUACCAUGGUGGGCAUGUUGUAAUCAGAUUGGCACUUGGUGGUUGUACAAAUAGACCUUUCUACCGCAUUGUUGCAGCACACAACAAGCGAGCACGGGAUGGCAAACAUUUAGAACAACUUGGCACUUACGAUCCAUUGCCCAACAUCUACAAUGAAAAACUUGUAAGCUUGAAUAUAGAGAAAAUCAAAUACUGGAUUGGCUGUGGAGCUCAUACUACAAAGCCAGUUGCAAAGUUGUUAGGUAUUGCUGGCUUUUUUCCUUUGCAUCCAAUGACUGUUACAUAUGCUGAACGAUUAAGAAAGGAAAAAGAACUAAAGUCAUUUUCGACAGAUGAAGCAGUGAAAGAUUCUCAUGAAGAGCAAUUGGCUUGAGACACCAGCGAUAAUGCACCCAGACUGUUUCUAGGCUGGAUAUAAUAUCCAUGUGCCUGAUGCCUAUGUGUAAAUGUUUUAUAGAAAAUUAAAAUAUUGUUAUUUGCAUGAUUGAA